AUGGAAAGAGCUGAUUUUUUAACUGUCUUUAGAACCAUAUCAAAUGGAGAAAACAAAACUAUAGGAAGUAAAAUUCUUGGUUAUAGUAAACAAAGUUUAAAACUAAUAUUUGAAAAUCCUGCUGUGGUACCAAAAAAAAUAAAAUAUUUUGUUGCUAGAAAAAUAAAUGAAAAAUAUCCUUUCACAAAAAAACAUCACCAUACCAACUAUAACAUUGAGAAACAUGAUUUAGAACAUGUUUUUAGAUGUUUAUAUUUUCUAAAAAAAAUACAUCAUUUUGAUUAUUUGGAAGACCUUACAAAAAUUCCAAAAACAGCUCUUACCAAAUUAAAAAAAAAAGUAAUCUAUCAAAUAUUAAGAGAGUAUGAAAUUAUUCACACUCAAGAACAAUUUUAUUGUGUAAUAAGAAGAAUUGAAGAACACAAAAUUGUAUUUCAUUAUCUAGAACAAUACAAUAUUUAUGUCCUGCUUGGCUUUUUUCAAGAAGGUUUAUUAUAUAAUAAAAUUUCUAAACAGCCACAAAGAGCUUAUCAAAUCACAUAUUACUGUGAUUUAGUUAUAGUAUUGAAUGAAAUUAAUAACUAUAAACUUUAUAGUGAAGCAACCAUUCGAAAAAUAUUAAAAGAAAAAGAAAUAAGAGUUUCAAAAUUAAAAGCAUCAGUAGCAAGAUAUUUAAUUGAAAAAUCAGAUGCCUUAAAAAAAAAAAUUUCAACUAUUAUAUCAGAUAAUCAAUCAGAUAGAUCAAUUAUAGAACAGAAUCUAUGGAGAAACUCUUCAAAUUCCAAUUUGUCUGAAAUCAUGAAUAAUUUGUCUGAAAUUAUUCAAAAAGAAAAAAUUGAAAAUUCCAACCUUAAUGGGGAUUCAAACUCAACUUUGAAAUUUCAUAAUAAAAAUUUAGAUUUUAUUAAUUUCAAAUAUCCGUCACAAAUCCAAAGCUGUGAUAUGGAAGAAGUAAGAAGAACAAACAAUAAUAACAAUAAUAAUAUAAAUAAUAAUAAUAAUAAUAAUAAUAAUAAUAAUAACAAUAAUAAUAAUAAUAACAUUUAUAGUCACAAUAGUAAUAAUGAUACUAGUAACAGUAAUAAUAAUUUUGGAAAUUAUAGAAACAAUGUUAAUUUUAAUAACAGCUCAAAAAACAAUAAAAUAAAUAAUGAUGUUAUUAAUUAUUUAAAUAGUGGUUUUUCAGAGAAUUCAAGUUUAAAUAAUUUUUUUCCAAAAAACAGUAGCCAACUUACAAAUAUCAAAUAUAGUUAUAAUAGUAAUUAUAAUAGUAAUUAUAAUAAAAUUUGUCAUAAUAAUGAAAAUUUAAAUAUUGGUGCUUCCAAUUCUAGUGCCACAAAAAAAAAUAUUAAUAUAGAUAGCUUUGAUAAUAACAAUUGCAAUAAUGAUAAAAACCAAGGCUUUAAUAUAUUUAAUAAUCUAAAUAAUAGUAUACCCAAGAGUUUUUAUUCUGAUUAUGUCCACAACCAUAAUACCUUUUUUAAGAGCCAAAUAAAUAAUAAUAAUAAUAAUAAUAAUAAUAAUAAUAAUAAUAAUAAUAAUAAUAAUAAUAAUAAUAAUAAUAAUAAUAAUAAUAAUAAUAAUAAUAAUAACACUAACAAUAACUAUAAUAGAAAUAUUAACAAUAUGAAUAAUAAUAAUAAUAAUAAUAAUAAUAAUAAUAUGAAUAAUUAUAACACCAACAAUAAUUAUAAUAGAAAUAAUAAUAUAAAUAUUAACAAUAUGAAUAAUAAUAAUAAUAAUAAUAGUAAUAAUAAUAAUAAUAAUAAUAAUAGUAAUAAUAAUAAUAAUAAUAAUAUAAAUAUAAAUAAUAAUAUAAAUAAUAAUAUAAAUAAUAAUAAUAAUAAUAAUAAUAAUAAUAAUAAUAAUAAUAAUAAUAAUAAUAAUAAUAAUAAUAAUAAUAAUAAUUCAAUAUAUAUAUCACAGCUAGUUCAAAGAAGUGAUAGCGAAGAAGAAGAAAAAAGAAAAACAACAAAAAAUAAUAACCAAAUAUAUUCGCCACACAUCCUAAUUGAUUUAACCCAAGAUGAAAUUUUAUCACAGGAAUCAAACAAAAGAAAAGUUCCCCCAUCCAAUAUUUCAAAUAAAUCAAAACAUCACCGUCAAACAUCAAAUGAAAGUAGUGAUAGCAUAUGA